CUGGGGAGGUGUCAGGGUCCCCAAUGCUGGCAGAUGUGGGCAGCUUUGGGGGGCCCCAGGCAUCCCUGAUGGCACCAGGCGUGGAGGGAUUUUGGGGUCCCCCUGCAUCUGGGUCUUGGGGCGUGGUCUCAGUGGGAAACGUGCCCUUCCCACAGCCAGGACCGGCCCCCAGGGGCCCUGCAGCGACUGUGGGCGCUUUGCAGAGGCCAAGGGGAGGGGUGCCGGGGAAAAGGGUGCUCAGGCUUAAAGCACCGGUGCGUGGUCAGGAAGGACGCACAGAUGAGAUUCUCUGAGAGCUAUUCCCUAGCGAUUUGGAGGCGCACACCCAGAACUGGCGAGAAGACUUUUACCACAGAGCUACGAAGAAGCUCGAAACGGGCCGAAGUCAUUGUCCCAGAGAGCGGCUCGCUGGGACCCCCUGGGCCCCAGGACGAAGGUGGGGAGAGAAGAUGAGAACCCGUUAGGUGGCGCCCUAAAGAAAUCACCUGUUACAGAUGUGAGCGAGGGGGACACGCUGCCCGAGACUGCGGGCUUACUCGUAAUGAAGGUGGAAAGAGAAUAGCUCCCCGCAAGCCUCCAGGGAAAGGCCCAAGGAACCUGAAGCGGUGGAGGCCAUGGACAAUAGUUAUGGGGGAAGUGAAAAGCCUGUGGCUUGGGCGCGACCCAUAAUGGCUGCAAGCCUGUGUGUGUGCGUGCAUGCAUCUGUGUUCAUGGCAUGAACGACUCGUGCCAUGGCUGGGGGGCACAGCAGUAGCAGGAGAGGCAGGAGUGCAGUGGCUGUCAGUGGUGGGAGGGGGUGGAGUGGUGGCAAGCGCCAACCAAGCAUUGGCAACCAAGCACAGCUGCUACUGGUGGUGUCGGCAGUGCCUUUUUGUAGGGGGUGCACCACCAUACUUAGGGGGUGCACAUGCACCCAUGUGAACCCCCUACACGUUGACCCUGGUUCGUGGCAGGGAAAGUGUGUUUGUGUGUCCAUGUGCAGAGAGUGAGUGUCUGUGUGUGCAUGUGUCUGCGUGCGUGUGUGUGUGUAUGUGUCUGUUCGUGGCAGGAGGGAGAGUGUGUUUGCCUGUGUGUCCAUGUGCAGAGUGAGUAGAGCUCAUGCCCAUCUGCGUGCAUGCAUGUGUCUGUGUGUACAUGCAUGUGUGUUUCUGCGUACAUGUGUCUGUGUUCAUGGCAGGAGGGAGAGUGCGUUUGUCUCCGUGUGUCCAUGUGCAGAGAGUGAGUGAGCAGAGUGUACGCCCGUCUGCAUGUGUGCGUGUGUGUGUGUGCAUAUGCACGUGUCUGUGUGUGUGUCUGUGUAUGCAUCUGUGCGUGUGUGUGUGUGCGCAUGUGUCUGUGUGCAUGCAUGUGUCUGUUCAUGGGAGGGAGAGAGUUUGUGCAUGUCUGUGUGCAUGUGUCUGUGCGUGCGUGUCUGCACGUGUGCAUGUCUGUCUGUGCGUGGCUGUGCAUGUGUGCAUCUGUGCGUGCAUGUGUCUGUGUUCAUGCCAGGGACAGUAUGUUUGUCUCUGUGUGUCUAGGUGCAGAGAGUGAGUGAGAGUAGAGUGUGCACCCAUCUGUGCGUACGCCUGUGUGUGUGAUUGGCCAUAGUGGGGGAGGAGGAUAGGUAGCAGGGAGAAGAGGGGGCCAUGUGCCUCUGCACCCCCAGCCCGGCAGGGUCCCUCCAGCCUCCCCCACCAGCACCGGGAUGGGAAGAGCCCCUUCCCCCACCCCCUGUAGCCCAGGUCCCGUUGAGGAGGGGGCCUUCAAUUUGGUGUUUGCCCAGCGCCCCAGUACACAUUAAUUUGCCUCUGCAGGGAGCAGAGCAGGGCUGGACCCAGAGUGGUGGGGUUGCAGGGGCGCGUGGCCAGACACAGGGCUCCAUCCCCACCUGCCCGGCCCCAUCAUUCCUGACAGGCACUUUGCCUGCAUCUUAGUCAUAAUCGAUUAAGCCACCUGGUACCCUGAGGCAAUCCCUUUGUGGGCAGCGACGGGGACACAUGUUACGGAGGAGUUACUGAAGUGGAUAUCGAGGGUAGGACUUCCAAGGGAUGUUGUAACCAAUCAGGGCACUAACUUCAUGGCUAAGGUAUCACAGAACGCCUGUUGGGUCCUAGGGAUCCGAUGGUUGCCAACAUGAGGCUACCACCCCUGGACAAAUGGUCUGGUAGAGAGGUUAAAUGGGACACUAAAAGGGAUGCUCAAUAAGUGCACUCAGAAGGACUCAUGAAAGUGGGACUUGUUGAUCACCCAGUUAUUGUUUGUCCUGAGGGCCACCCCACGGGCAUCCACGAAGUAGUCUCCCUUGGAUCUGGUUUAUGGACGCAGGCGCAGGGGGCUAUUAGCAGUUCUUAAGGAACCCACAUUGAGCCCAACAGGAGCUGAGGCUCAUUGUGAAGCUCUGAGGGCCUGUUUGCUGCCCACGAGGCAGGUGGCCCUGGAAAAUUUGAGGGAGAUCCAACAGAAACCAAAGAGGCAUCAUGACAGAACGGCUGAGGAGAGAGCUGCCAGUCAACAACAGGGUGUCAGUCCUAUUACCCACCAUGGCCGGUAACCUGCUGACAAAGUGGCAAGGCCCUUGGAAAUAAGAAGGCACGCCGGGCUGGUGGAUGACGAGCUAUUCCGAACGGGCAUCAAUGGGAGCAACAGAUUUUCCAUGUAAACUUGUUAAAAGCUGGAAGAAGGCCGAGCGGUGGUUGGCUGAGGCUGAACUAGAAAGUGCAGAACUUGGCCCUGCAAUAAGUGGGGACGUUAGGAAGACACCCGGGGAGGAAAGAGUACAAAUUGAAGAGCGCCUGGCAGCUAGUCAGGGAGGAGACUUGGUUCGGGUUAUUUGCGCCUUCCGCGAUGUCUUUCGAGAGGAACGUGGGUGGGUCGCACACCCUGCCUAGAAGAGUGGUGUGAGAGUGAUGGCGCCCUGACCCCGACCGUUUAUAUGGCCCCAUGAAGCAGGAGCUCUGAAAGAUGCUUGGACGAGGGGUAACAGUCCCCUCACGGGGUCUGUGGCAAAGCCUGAUGGGACCUUACGUCUCAGUGUAGAUUUCAAAUGCUGGAGCAGCUUUCGAUGCCUUCCCCAUGCCCCAGCUUUUAGAAAGAAUAGGACAGGCCUGCUACAUAACGAUGCUUGACCUGUCUCAAGAGUACUGGCAAAUACCCAUGGCCACAAAAGACGAUGCCAAAGCUGCUUUUGGGACCCCAUGGGGCCUAUAUGAAUUUUGUAGAAUGCCCUUCAGCCUGCACGGGGCGGCAGCCCCCUUCCAAAGACUGAUGAACCGAGCUUUGGCCUUACAUGGUGCCCCACACACCGGACGCUGCCAACAGGCGCUGUGCGUGAGUGCAGGGACAGCAAGAGCCCGGGCCGCCAUCUAGCUGAGAUCUCUCCUGGGGAGACGUGGCUGCUGCGCUGGAGCCCGUGGCAGUAGAUCUGCAGGGAGGAGCUGAGGGUGCAGAAGUCCCUCGUGUCGUGCAGAGCGGGAUGGGGGGCAGGAGUCCCUACAGCGGUCGGCAUCACAGCCAGUAAAACAGCAGCUGCAGACGGAGCCAGUCCAGCACCAGGAGCUUUGGGGGCAGGACACAAUGCAGGCCAUGGAGCCCCCUUGUGAGACCGAGCUGCCCUCUGCGACCCCACAGCUGGCACUGUGGGAUGAGCUCCCCACCCCAGAGGCCUGGCACCAGCUCUUCCGUGGCCUCCGCUACCGGGAAGCCGAGGGCCCAAGGAAGAUUUGUCGCCGCCUGUGGGAGCUCUGCCAGCGCUGGCUGGAGCCCCAGCACUGCAGCAAGGAGCAGAUCCUGGAGCUGGUGGUGCUGGAGCAAGUCCUGGCCAUCCUGCCCCAAGACAUGCAGAGCUGGGGGUGCGGGUGCCAAGUGGAGGCCUCUGCCAAGGCUGUUAACCUGGCCAAGGGGUUUCAGCUGGGGCAGGCAGAAGAUGAGAAGCUCCAGGUGAGAGUGUUUGUUUGCUGCCAUCUGCACCUCCACGUGUCUGGGGGAUGUUCCCUCCAGGAUCAAGGCUCCCCAGUGACACAUUUGUCUUGUCCCUAGGUCACAGUGCAUGCAGCACCCAAAGGUCCAUUGUGGGGACAGGCCUCUGGUGGAGGCAGGAGAGCAGGAAACCCCAGGGCCCGAGGACAAACUGCCUCAUGUCCUCCAUGAUGAGCUGCCAACACACCAAGAGUCAGGUCCUUACCAGCCUUUUCGAUAUAUAUGGUUAACAAGGGCUCGACACCCAAAGAGCAUCAGUAACCCCCAACCCCCUCUUAUAACUGUUGGCUACUGGGUAUAGGUCAGCUCCCCAAAGAAAGAUAACUUUCUGUUAACUGUUUUGUGUGUGUAAACUAUAAUAUAUUUGCCUUUAUUUCACUCCCAACUUUACCUCCGCUAUCCAAAACUGAAUCAAACAGCCCAGUUGGCCUGUGAAAAAAUUGAUACACUCACAGUGCCUAGCAGGCCUGUGACACUGUUUUUAGGGCAAAGUCUGGUACAGGGAAUGAGCCCAUGGGGAUUUCCUCUGCUGAUGAGUCCCAGGGAGCCUCCACAUCACAGGAAUCUGCACCGGGACAAAGGCCUUGGUAUGAACCUUCACAUGGACUUUGGGCUGAGUCUCAGGCUUUGUGACACUCUGGGCCUAAGAGUGGGAACAGAUUUGGGGAAAUUCUGCUGCAAACGAUGGGGUAUUCCCUUCCCAUCACAACAGAAAACUUCUGAAUCCAACUAACUCCAUGGAGCCACUUCAUGCAGCCUAAGACCAGGAUUAGACAUGUCCUGUGCUCCAGGUCGACCCAACCAGGAGAUGUCAGGGACAACCCCAGCCUCUCUCAGCCAAGAGCCAUGGCUACAAAGAGCUUCUUCUGCACACCAUGUGGAUUUCCAUGGGGGACUACAAAUCCCAUCUUGCCCUGAGAGAGGGUGUUAGAGAGGUAUGGCUACUUGGGCUGGGGAAUCAACUCCUACAAUGGGGAGUAAAGAGAGAAAUUUAAAAUCAUGGUGUCCCAAGGAAACCAGAUCUGAGCCUAAAAAGGAAGACAGCAAGCUCUAUUGUCCCCUAACAGCUGUAGUCAGGGGGAGAACAACGGGACAGGUGCUUGUCUCCACAGCUCUGAAUUUCAAAGAGUGAAACACCUGCCUGGACACAUGACAGCAUAAGCUAUUUGAGGUUAGCACUCAGGGAUGGCAGCACGGGGCAGGUCUGCAGUUUUCAGGCCCCCUUUCACCCUGGGCAUGGAGCAUUUGUGAGAGGGGAGUCAGGUGGAUGGGACAGCCACAAAUCACCUGGCAGCUGGUCCUCUGACCUCGAGGUUUCCCCUUGGUCCUCAUCAUCAGAGACCCAGAGAUGCACCUGUCCUCACUGAUUAAGUCAGGUGUGGGACCUCAAUAUCCUGUUUGGGGCCGUAGUUAAAGCGUGUUUCUGACUGGGUACUGGACGCAGAAUAACCAACUGGGAUUUGGGGAAGGGAUCCAAUGAAUUCAAGGUUUCUACUCAGGACUUGAUGGCCAGUGAAGGGUGGGGACUGAAGGAUGAAAGAGAAGGCAAAGCAGGGAGAAGCCUUCAGGAGAUGAUGGUCCUUGUCAUGCAGGGAGUGGAUGUAUGGUCAUAGCAAUCUUUCAAUCUGUCGUAGGCCAACUGGGCACUGCGAGGGUAUUAGCCACACUGGGCUGUUCAAAACAACAAAUAGACAGACAUGGGUUGGCAACUUAUCGAUAGUCCCUCGAUGCCAGGUGUGCGCCAAGUGAUUCCAGUGAAGUCAGGGGUCCCUGAUGAUCGACGCUGUCAGAGGGAUUACCGGGGAAGAUCCCUUGAUCAGGAACAGGGACCCGAUCCUCACUCACACUGGGAGUCUGGGGUCCGGGCGUGGGCCAGAAACAACCAUUCUAUUCCCUCCUUCCUGCUGGUUACCUGAUGCACGUGCUUUUUAUACCUAGUCUUAUGUUAAUCUGUUGGCCUCAGGGCCACUCAUAAUGUUGCCCUAUAGCUGUUACCCUAUGGGAUUGAAAGGUGAUGAAACUAUCAUAAAAGGUGACUACUCAGACUCAGGUUUAUCCAAUAAGCAAAUUAUGAUGCAGCACCUUAAGGUUUGAAAUUGUCAUCGCUCUGCCUAAAUCCCAACCCCUUUUAGGCUUCAUUUGAAUAUGCUUUUUUGGGAUAUGCUUUCCUAGAAUAUGUUGGGUGUGCCAAGCAGUUAGAUCUAGUUUUUAUCGCUAAGGCUGAACCCUGAGCAAAAAACCGUUAGGCCAGCUAAUCUCCCAGCUACAGCUUUGCCUCUGGGGACCAGUCAGUCCCAUGAACAGUGAAUUUAUCAUUUUGAUUAAACUUAUGACAGACAAGUUACAUUUGCAGUUUACAAACUUAAAAGCUUAUAUUAACUAAUAUUACCUGUUUAAGCAAAAUACCAAAUGCCUCCAAGAAGCACAUAGUAUUGCUUAAUAAUCCCUCUGGUUCUGGCUGUUACAAAACAGGUAGGAAGCACCCUGCUGCUCCUUCCAGAAGGGAGACCACAGCUCUGAAUCCUCCGCUUCCAGAACAUUUCUUGGAGGGAUGAGGAAUGAAACCUGGGCUUUUCUUAUCAAGCAGAAGUAGUAUUUUCUGUACAACAGAAGUAGCUGGUGCAGUGUAAGGCAGUGCUCCCUGCACACUCCUGACGGCUGACAACCCUGGGUUGGGCUGGGCUGGGCUGUUCCCGGUGGGUGUUUGGUGCAGAGCUGCAGUGCGGCUGGGCAGGGGCUGCACUUGGUGCAGGUGGUGGAGCUAAAGAAGGGGCUGCAGCCACCCCAAAAUUUGCCGUAACCCCCCUCCCAACACUUCUGCUGCCUGCCCUGAUUGCAGCCUUGGCCAAAACACCCACCAGCAAGAGCACAGCUCUGGCCCCAGCCUGCAGCAGCAGUCCACCCUUGCCCUGCGCACAGAUCCAGGUGGCAUGUGCCCCCCAUGCCUUUCCCGGGGUUGUGCACUGUGGCAGGAGACAGCCAUCCCAUGACUCCUGAACCAGCUGCUUGGGGCUCUGGCCCCAUCUGGGCAACAUCUGCCCCAGCCCCACUCCCUCCCUCAACACAGGGACCUCAAUAUGCCCCUCCCACCCCAUUCACCCCAGACACUUACCAGCUAGACGUUGCUCUCCAAGCUUCCAGGUGUCAUAUUGAAUGUAAUAGUCUGAAUACCUGUAAUAGUUUCCCACUAGCCAGUUUAGGAAAAAGACAAGAUUCAUCUUCUGAUCUAGGCCAUUGUUUUGGCCUAUGUGUGGAAGGUCCUAGCUUUGCUCAAAGUCUUAACUCUUGAAUUUUAUCUUUAGAGGCCUUUAACAAAGUGAACAUAAAAAUGACCCUUAAGCAAACAUCCCACAUUCCGAGAGAUCAAACCCUAGGAGCCUUUUAAAAAUUGGAAAGAAAGGAAAUUCCUCAAAGUAAUUAAAAUGGUCAACAAAAGAAACUAAUUACCAAGCAAAAGAAUCUGUUAAGAAAGAUCUGAGCCCAAAUUUGGGAGUAGUGACAGGUUUGGGUAGGAGUGGCCCAAGACGGCAACUCACUCGAUACAAACUGUAACCUACUGUCCCAAUUUGGAGGUGACCUCACUUGCAGAACAACGAAGGAAGAAUCGCAAGUGUAGGCCAGAUCAGACUGAUCACCAGAACCACCCUCUCCGUGAACACAAAUCUCUUAGUUCACGCUGAAGCCGCAGAGCGCCCGAGUGGGACUGAAGGAAGGGGACUUGUUCCUAUCACUGCUGAGGCCAGCCCAUUGAACUGUACUACUGAGGCUAGCCCAUUGAACCGUACUACUGAGGCCAACCCAUUAAGUUGUACUACUGAGGAAUGAAACUAUAUUUAGGUGUUUGGCUUCUUGGAAUUCUAGGACUGUAAGUAUAAUAUAGUAAUAACUUUUCUAGUUAAAAUUAUAUAGUUAGUUGUAAUUGUAAUUGUUUUAAAGAAGUCCAUUUGAAGCAUUGUUUCUGAUACAUGUAGUUAUUGUGUUCUUAAUGUUUGUGGUAUUUCUUAAAGCUAAGUAGUGUUAUAUGCGUAGCAAAGAAUUUUAAAAUAAAAUUGUGGUGUAUGAAUUAAGUGUGCAAUCAUUGUGAAAUCGUGCAAGUAGCGAAAAACUCCCCCAUCCAGGCGCAUCAAACAAAUCAGUAAGUUGUGUGGGAUCUUUCCUAUUCUAUAACCCACUAGAGACACCAGGCUUGCAUGUUGGCAAUUAGGUCAGUCUCGGCCUAUAUGGCUCAUUAAUAACAGGCCAUCAGAAUUGGCCCAAAAAAUCUUUAGCAGUACAACCCUACCCAGCAUAAUCUCCCCCUGGACUCACUAGUGUGGUGGGAAAGAGAAGCCAUUCAAGAGCUUCAUUUUUCCUUUUAGCAGAUCAUUCUGGUCUCAACUUCAGCUUAUUACAACAUGAAGCCAUCCAGAUACUGUCCAAGCAUACAUGGCCCACAUGUUUCUCCCUGCAGGGCAUUAGGUGCUGGGACUGAGAGCUGGGCCAGAAACCUUGAGAGUCUGGCUCAGAACUGCAGUGAGUAGGAAAGGUUAGGCUGCCACAGGGACCUGGCACUGCCACAUCCCCAGCACUUGGGGUCAUGGUAGGAAGAACUUGUUGAGUUGAGGAUAGACAAGUGCCAAGUCCAGUCCUCCCCAUAGGCCCAUCCCAGCAGAAGGAAUAGCUGUAUGUGUCCCUUGGCAGCAGGGUGGGGACUAAUCUGGAUUUUCUCUUCCCCAUGUAGGAGGUAGCUGGCUGCUGAGCAGAGCUGAGGAGAUGCCUCCUAAGGAAGGGCCUGCAAAUCUGGAGCCACCGUGGGCUUCCCAAGGGUGUUUGGGUGAGAUGGACUCCCUGAGCCCUGUGAAGGACCAACGGCACGAGGGCCAGGAGAGACCCCCAAAGUGAAAGGAGAAUGUAGCAAUGAAUCAGGUCCCAUCUCCAGUUGCUUGUGAGAAUUAAGAAGGGAAAGAAGCCAGAAAAGGAUCUGGGUUCAGGGAAGAUUUUCUGGUGCUGAGAGACCUGAAGAGGCGUAAAGAAAAGGUCCACCAAAGAGAGAGCCUGCAUGUAAAGCAAGGCAGUGGGGUGGCCUUGGAGGGAAACCGGAGCUCACUACCAAGCCCAGGGGGAGAACCCACCCCUGCCCUCAGCGCAGGAAAAGCUUUAGCUGGCUCUCACUCCUGGCUCUGCACAAGAUAAGGCACCCUGGAGAGAAGCCCCACGUAUGCACUAUGUGUGGGAAGAGCUUCACCUGCCUCCCGACCCUGGCUGCUCACUGCCAGAUCCAUUCUGGACAGCUCCCCAUUGCUUCACCAAAAGGGGAAAGAUUGUGGUCUGCAGCUCAGAGCUCAUGAAGAACCAAGAUGUGCACAAGGAGCAGAAUCAUUACUGCUGUGUCACUUGUUGUAAGACCUUCACAUGUUUCUUCUUGCUGGUUCAGCAUCAGCACGCACACUUGGGGAGGAAGACACACCACUGCACCAAGUUCAGGAAGAACUUCAUCAACAGGGAAGGCCUGUCCCAGCACCAGUGUGUGCAAAGCAGGCAGCAGUUACACUCCUGCACAAAGUGUGAAAAGAGCUUCAGGCAGUCUGCCAACCUGGCCAGGCACAGGUGCAUGCACACAAGGGAGAAGUCCCAUAAAUGCUCUGACUUUGGCAAGAACUUCACCCACUCUUCCACUGUGGCCAAAGGUCAGCUCAUUCACACGGGGAAAAGCCAAAUCAGUGCUUGGAGUGUCGUAAGAGCUUCAGACAAUUUUCCAGCCUGGCCCGGCACCAGCUUAUCCACAGAGGGGAGAAGCUACAUCAGUGCUCUGUGUGUGAGAAGAACUACCUCCACUCUUCCAGCCUGGCCGAACACCAGUUUGUCCAUAUGGGAGAAGCCACAUGGGUGCUCUGUGUGUGGGAAGAGCUUCACCUCCCCCUCCCACCUCUUGCAGCACCGGUGCAUCCAUGCAGGGGAGAAGCCACGUGGGUGCUCUGUGUGUGGGAAGAGCUUCAUCUGGUCCUGCAACCUGGCCCAGCACCAGCGCAUCCGCACAGGGGAGAAGCCACAUCAUUGUUCUGAGCGUGGAAGGAGCUUCACCUGUUGCAGCAACCUGUCCCAGCAUCAGUGCAUCCACACCCAGAAGCAUCCCUUAUUCUGCCAGCAGUGCAGGAAGGGCUUGGUGCUGUCUUCCUGCUCAGCACCCACCAGUGGCUGCAUUUUGUCAAGCAUCUUCAUGUUGGUAGACUGCAGAAAGAGUUCCUCCAGGCUUUAUCCAUUGUAGGGCACAAUAGAAGCCAGAGGCCCAGCCCCCCAAGGUUUGAUUGUGGGGAGGGAUUAUGAGGAACACCUCAGGCAAGGCCAGCCCAGGUGUUGGGGGGAGGAGAUAAGGAGGAGAUGAUUUUUUGCAGCACCCUUGGAGCCUGUGCAUUUCCCAGCAAUCUCUAAAACCAGUGAGCGCUCCCUGGGGAAGAAGUGACUACAUGAUAGGGUGUCCUCCCCAAGACAACUGGCUUCAAAUGACUCCCAGGGACUGUCCUUUGCUGCCUGCCAGCUUUCUCUCCCCUCCUGAUGUUCUGGUGUGAGGCUCUUGAAUAGCAGGAAGGAGGACAUUUGUGGCUGGGAAGUAUUCUCUGCCCUGCACCCUGACCUCACCUUUCCUCACCGCAACAUCACCCCUCUCCCAGGCCUCCCCAUGCCCAGUGGGGUCUGCAAGUAGCUGCUACUACCACCCCCUGAGCCUUUAUGGCUUGUGUUGCUUUUCAGCCUCUCCAGAGCUGUGCACCACUGGGUGCCUGCUGCUCCCUUCCCCUCAUGUUACUCUCUCUAAUGCAUUCACUGCUACUCCAGCACCAGAACCGAACAUGGCACCCCUGUGGUUGGUCUCUGUCCUUUCCUGAGCUAUGCAAUGGGAACAGACAAGGGCCCACAACACUUUCCAGGGCAGAUGUCUCUGUGACUUCAUGGCCCUUCUCUUUCCAGACCAUUGGAGCUUGUUCCAACCCUCAGGAACAGGAAUUGUUCUGAUUUGAGGCCUCACUCCCCUGUCCUGCUGUGCAGCAAGGUCCCUGCCCUUCUGGAGGGACCACUGGGCAGGAGGCAGUAAAGUACCAGGGGUGAAGGAGAUGCAGCCGGUGGCAGGUCCUGCCUCUCCUGUGGAAGGGUGAGGAAAGUAUGAAGAUGUUCUGUGGGUGAAAUGCAGCAUAAUGUAUUCUCCCAUAGGAAAUACUAAGGCCUUCCUGCUCGUGCUCUAGCCGUUUGGCUCAAUGAAGGUCCUGGGAACAUGUACUGCUGUGGAGCUGCCUGAGGGACCCUUGCAACCCCCCAGGAUACUGGUCCCAGGCAGGGGGAGUCCAGCCAGACCACUGCAUCCCCUAGGAGGGAGGAGUGCAGGGAGGGAGACCUUCCCCUUCAGUGGGACCCCUGAGCUGUUCCAGCGUGUAGAAACAAGGGGAGCAUGUUGAGACAGAGGUAUGGGGGCUGCACCCUGACGCCUCUGAACAUGCAUCCUGCAGGUCUCCCACUGAGAGGUGCCGUGAAGAAAUCCCUUCCCUCUCUGCCCCUCACUUGAGUUAUCCCAGGUGACCCCUGUCUCUCCCAGAUUUCUUCUUGGUUCAGGCUGGUGAAGCAGGUGGCCCGGCCAGAUAAAAUUCCUAGGGGGAGGAGACAGCCCUUGCUUCCUUCCCCAGGCAUUUUGAAAGCUACAAGCGAGUGUCCCAGGCUGCUGCCUGGUGAAUUUCUAUAAAAACCUGGAAACUAGCCAGCAGUUAGGAGUUACGUCUAGGCCAGUUGCGUCUUAAAAGAGACCCUAUACCUGCUUCGUACAUCUCAAGUAGCUGGUGUUUACUCAAAGUGUACUCUGACUUCUUCGUUCUGCCCCCAUCCUCUGCUCCCCAUCAAUAAAGGUGCCAGGUUACAGCUUGCCUUGCUGUGUUACUGGGUGCUGGUGGGGCAGGAUCAGAGACAGCAGCCCACAAAGCACAGCCUUUGCACCAGAGGCAGCUGCAGGACUGUUCCCCUGGGCCAGGAGCAGGACAUGAGACAUCUGAGCGGGCCCUGGCCAUGAGCAGAGGCAGCUGUGGGGAGCAAAGCCUUUGCCAGAGGGGCUGGAACAGGGCAGGGGGAGGCUGCUCAAGGGCCUGGUGUUGCUGCCACUGCCCAUGGGGAAGUGAAUGCCCCAUAUGUUGCCAUCACCGGUGGCUCUGGCAUCACUGUUUGGGGCCCGGGGGCUGGGGCCUUUCUGUCUCUGGCCAGCUCCCCUGGAUGGAGAGAGACAGGUGGUGCUGGGGGCUGCUGGGGUCAGGGAGGCUUGUGGGCAUCAGGAGCGGUGCAGUGGCUAGGAGAAGCCCUCCCCUCCUUCACUUCAUGGAUGGGACUUGGCUCUUCUUGGAGGUACGUCCCUUCUGCUUUUUGCUCUGUGCUCUCCCUCCCAGUGUCCUUCAUGACACCCCCCUCCGCCCCCCACCCCGGUCCUCUGGGAAAUAGUCUUUAUGGGCUUCCUUGCUCCUGCCUUGGCCAGUGUGAGCAGGGUCUAGUUGUGGGCAGUUCGCUGCAGUCUCAGUCACAAGCUCAAAUGUGUCUGUCCUCAGAGGGGAAUCCCAGCAUGUCUCAGUCCUGGAGCUCAGGGGACAAGACUCCUUAGGGAAGGAACAGCUGAGGGUGUGCUACCAUUGAGCCGCCCUGCCAGAGACUUCAGCUUGCUUAUGGGCAGGAAAUGCCGAUGACCCGUAUGCAGCAUGCAGAAUUUUGCAAAUGCCUUUUAUGUUUGUGAUUUUCUUCUAAAUAUCUUCUGAUUGAAAUGUGAAAAGGGAAAACUCCUGGUAGUAAAAAUGGUUUCAAAUUAAAAAAACAAACAA